AUGGACGGGUGGGCGGAGCUGGGCGGCCUUGAGGCUGCGGCCGAGUACCAGGUAUAUCUCCUUUCCAACACCACGGGCGCGGCCAAUAACCUUGGACAGUUCCCAUCACAGGAUCCAGGCCAGCCCGAUGACGCUGUGUCCCAGUACCCCGACCUCGAGCCUGCGGAUCAACCAGGUCCAGGCGCGACAUCGCAAGGGGAGUACCAAUAUCACUCCGCCCCUCCGCAGCAGUCUCCCUCACGUUCCUUGUCACCGGCAUCCUCCAGAUCAAGACGUAGCUCGUCCGCAGUGUAUCCCCAGCUGCCAUCUUUUCCUCCUUUCGAGGACCCUAUCCCCGAUGAGGCAACCAUCGAAGACAUCUGCAUCAGGUACCCGAACCACCUCCGCGGGAGCUAUCUCGACGCCUUCAUCCAGUGGAAGUGGACAGGCAACCAAAUUUAUAACCGCUUGACUGACAGAGCGGUCGAAGAAUUCAAGAGCACCGGCAUUUCGAGCUCCAAGUCGGUCAACAACCGGGCAAACUUCCUGAUCAAGAGACUCAGUGCGCGUAUGGCUCGUUUCUCCGCCGAACAACUGGACGCCUUGUGCAAUGCGCCCAAGCUUCGGGGCUGCCUGGUGAACGGCGGGGAGGACCCUGGCAGAUGCAAAAUGGAGGGUAAGGUCCUCAACGAGAAGGCUGGAUUGGUUCGGAAGUACCGCCAUCGCCAACACAGAGCACGCAAGGGGCGGGCUUCGGCCGCCGCGGCAGCGGCAGCGGAGAAAACUGUGACGCUCAAUGGUGAGGAAUAUGGCCUUUGGGCGUCCGCGGCCGAACUGGAGACGUUUAGCAGAGGGGUUGCCGCACAAUGGGACCGACAGCGCCGCUGCGCAGAGGAGAUCAUCAACGCCGAUGAAGUGCAUGGCGUGAGUGUUGGUCGGGAACGAAGACACUUGAUCCUCCAAAUGACCAACUGGGCGACCAAUUCAUCGACCGAGACCCUCUUCAGUUUUCAACGCGUUGAAGACUGUCCCACCUUCAUCACCGCCAUCAACGACAUGGUCGCGACGGGCGUCGCCAAUAGACUCAGCUCUGGUCCGAUGGCUGACCUUACCGACGAUCAACAAGUGGCUGCCGCCCGACAAUCGGCGGUCGACUAUGUCAUCGCAGCUUAUGCAGCCAGACUUGAGAGGUUGAACAACCUCGUUGCGACAUUGCCGGCCGAGGGCUUCGUGCAGGGCGUCGUCGACCACGUCCUGUCCUGGAAUGAAGACGUUGUUCCAGAGGCUGCUUUCGCAACGGACGCAACGCACUCGCUGAAAAACCCCUUCGAUGGCAAUACUGCGACGACCCAGGAAUAUGCAACUGGUCCCGGCGAGCUCUUUGCCGACCCGGUUUUGAUGGAUGUGGACUCAGCGGCAGGGAUGCCUCGACCCAUGCCUUCCCAAAUUCCUCCGAAGCGAGCAAGCGAGGAGCCAACCCAGCAGAUCAGAUCCCCCAAACGAGCGAGACGCGCACAGCCAAGCAUCGCGGAUGAGGAGUUUCUCUUUGAGGCGAGUCCGUUUGCCGACACUUCGUCCAAUCAUGACGAAGAUGUGGUCACCACCGCUGCCGCUGGAGCCGCUGAGUCCAUGUUCCCUGAUGGCCUGCUGAUGAACAACGGGCGGUUGGGCAGUGCGGUAAGCACCUCUGCAACAACUUGGCGCUCUUCGGUGCCAACUGGCGCUGUUCCUCAAAUUGUGCCACAACAAGAAGAGUUGGACGUAGGAGGAGAUACUGUAUUGCCAGAUCAGGCGUCUGGUGUGUCUCAAGCAGGCUUCACCUGCUCCGCUGGUGAUGUUGUCUUUACCCGUGAAACGCCACUUGAGGAGGUCCUAAGAGAUUUCGGCAUCGGAAAUGUCACAGGAGAUGUUUCAGGUGUUGAAGAGCCAAACACGGUCGCGAGCGAGACGGUGACGCGAGCUGGUGCGACUGCCGGCGCGGUCACGGACGUGGACAGUGUCGGUACAGGCGACCAUGACGGGGCAGGCGGCGACGUUGGUCCUGGUGGCAACAGCAGCUACUCUGCGACUUUGGACCUGCCACACAUGAUCAACAACGACGAGGACUGGUUGAAUGAGGCGAUUGAGAAUGCGGUGGCAUUGGGGCUCCCAGAUCUGGACGACGCUUGA